UUGACCCUUCCUUUGUUUGAGAGAGAGAGAGAGAGAGAGAGAGCUAUGUUUGCUCUUUGUGCCUCACAUUUCUUAUGGUUUUCUGUCAAAAAUAUAAUCCAUCCCCAGUGCUGAAUCCUUUUUUCUUAAACAAAACCCGAUUUUCGUCUAAUAUUAAAAUGCGGGUUGCCUUUUGUUUCCGCAUUUCUCAAUUCCUAGUACCACUGCCUUAAUUGUGCUAGGUUUGAAUGUAUAUGUUGUAGGUUUACAGACAAAUAUUCACUUAGUUUGUUUUGGUUCUGUUUUUUAUUUAGAUUGUUCAGAGAGAUAGAUAUGGCUGUUGGUGCAGAGGCUAUACUAGUUUGUGUGUGGAGAGUUCUUCAUUUUUCCAUGAAGACCACUAGCUUAUGUGUACAGAAGCAUCCAUUUGUUUCAGCCAUUUUGUUUUUCAUCUACUUCCUUUAUGUAUUUUUCAAUCUUUUUGUCUUCUGGUUUCCAUUUCUGGUCUGCAUUGCUGCUCUGCUCAGAGUUUUUUGGACUUCAGGAGGACUCACAAUCCUAGAGGUCAAACGGGAUGAGAAACGGAUUAAUGACCGAAUUCCAUGUAAAAAAUCUGAAUCUGUUCAAGAUGAUGUUGCUGUUAAUCGAGAUGGGUGCUCCGUGUUAACGAAACAGAAAAGUAGACGAACAAAUGUUGCAAGAAGGUGCAGAGAAGAAGGGGAUGCACAAGCUGGCAAGGUGGAAAAAGACGCGCCUAUAUCGACAACUUGGAAAGAUAAUUUAAUCAGUGGAACUGCCUUGGUUGGCAAAAACACCAAGGCAGUCAUGGAGGAGAAAGAGAAUAAAACUUCCUGUCAUGGAGAGAGCUCCACUGCUAAAGCACCAUCUACUGACAAUAUUCAACUUCUUGUUGAGCAGCACCAAUCUGUCCUAGAUUCUGACCUUUCAGAUUCUAAUCUCUCGUCGUCUGAUGACUCAGAUGGACAGACUGAAAAAUCCGAAGGUGGCGGGAUUGAUGGAGGAAUAGCACAAGAGGAUGGGAAUAAGGCUGUGCAGUGGACAGAUGAUGAUCAAAAAAAUCUCAUGGAUCUUGGAUUUUCUGAGAUUGAAAGAAACAAAAGGCUGGAAAGUUUAAUUGCCAGACGAAGAGCAAGAAAGUUAUUCAAAAUCCAGGUUGAGAAAGGUCUAAUUGACUUGGACACUAUAAUACCAGGUCAAAUUGCUCCCAUUUUUAUUGCGAAAAACAACCCUUUCGAAUUUGUGGAAGGCUGUAAUGAGAUGGACACACCUGGUUCAGCGCCUUCCAUUUUGUUACCUAUGCAAAAUCCAUUUGAUCUUCCAUAUGAUCCACUCGAAGAGAAGCCGAACCUUAUGGCAGAUAGUUUCCAACAAGAAUUCACAGCAGUUCAGCCAAAGGAUGUGCUAUUUUGCAGGCAUGAGAGCUUCUCUUUGGGGGCUUCUUCUUUCCCAUUAGAAACCAGGAAGAAAGCAAUGGAUGUAAAGGGGUUCUCCAGAUUUAAGAAGCAAUCAGAGACGGGAUCUCACGAUAAGCAUAUUGAACGAAUGCUGUCGGGUAAGCAUGACGAUGUUAUUGAAGCUCUGUUGUCAAAAGUACGUGACAGAUCUGAGAUUGACAGCAACCCUGAUAUUGCUGAGAAUGGAAUUGAAUCCUCCUCCGUUCAGGCAACAAGCUCAGUGAAACCCAAAGAUGGAGGCAGCGGAGAAAGUCAAAGUGCGAUCGAUAUCAAAGGAGAGAUGAAUAUAGAAAAUAUAAGUGAAGGUCAGAUGGAGCAACAAAUAACAGAUGGCAGCAAUGAUGAUGAGUCAAGCUCAACAUCAUAUUCUGAAGAAGAUGACCACACAUUUAAUGCUAGUACAUCUGGACCACCCCCUCAAAAUGCAUUAUCGAAAGUGAGACAUGUUCCACCGAAACCUUUAACUUGUUCAGUCCCUAAAAGCAAAACUGUGAAAGAAGCUUUAUAUGAGUCUAGCCCGUCUGCAAAUGAAAGGAGCAGAUUUGAAGAACGUUUGUUUUAUGCAGAAAGGGGCACCUGUCAUACUCCUACAUACUCUAUAGCUUCUGACCUGCAGGUGGAGGUCUCAGAGCUUGGUUCACCUCCACUGACCAUUGACGGGGCCAAUUCACCCACAGAUAGAGAAUCAUUGAACUUAGAUGGGGACUUUGAAAGAGAGUAUAUGUGGGCAGCCUCAUCUCAAUCAUCCAGAACAGAAGAAAAUGAAUCAAAAUCGAGGGGAGUACGGGGACUAAGCGAGAAGGACCUUGCAGACAUAAGAUCUUCAGGAAACAAUAAGAACACCAAGGGUGUUGCUGAAUCAUCCAUGCCUUUGCAACAGCCAGAAGAACUAGAUGAUGCGUGUUCAUUGUCAUCUUCAAUGACAGAAAUUUAUGGAGACAGUCAAGUCCAUUCGGUGAAUUCUGAUGGAAAGAUCCAUGAUGAUGUCAGGCAAGUAGUGGAAGAAGUUGGGAACCCAAGGACUUCUAGCUCAUUGAAUGCACUUUCGCCCGAAAAUAAAGAGGAAACAAUGAAGUUGACAGAUACGUUGGUAUCUCAUCCUUCUGUAAAUCCAGAGGAAUCGUCUAAUCCUCCUGGUGAGACUACAAAGAAGGUGAAUGUUCCGGCAGCCAACACAAUUGAUAACUCGAAAGAUGAGAAGAAAAAUACAGACAGAGACGGUGGAGCCCAGAUAUCGACUAAGAAAGAGUCUGUGAGAGGGCUAUCAAAACCAAAUGAGGGGACUAUUUCAGAAUCUAACAGGCAUUUGGAGAAAAGUUCUGUAAAUCCUGCUGAAUGUCAAGCAACCUUGGACAGUACACAACCAACAAAGGACAAUGAGAAUUCAAACCAUAGUGAGGGAGGUCUUCGAAAGGUAACUGAAAAUGAGGGCAAAAAAGAACUUGAUGCUAAAAAGGACUUGAACCCAGUUCAAGGCAAUAAAGAUGAGCAAGGUACUGCACAAAGGGGAGUUUCUGAGGUAAAGCAGAUAUCUGGUGAUCCCAUUGCAUCAGCUCCACAGAAAAAUUUGGUGAGCAAAGAUGUUCCCGUAAAUUCGACUUCAUCAUCAUCUCCUACGUCAGUGUUGCUAGAACAUAUCCCAAAGGACCAAAUGUCCUCAUCAAUUUCUAACCCUGAGGGUGCCUCAAAAUCUGAGGUGGGAGACAAGGUGAAAAGUAAUUCAUCAGAAGAGAAGCCGCAUGACAGUACACUGUUGGCACCUCAAAAUGUAAUGCAUUCUGUGGAGAAACCAACAAAUCAGCAAUCCAAUACAAGUGAUUCUAAAACAUCACAGGAACCAGGUAAGCCUCCAGAGAAGUCCACUGAGGAAAUCAACAUCAUAUUGAAUAAACAAGCUGAAGAUAUUGGGAAUUUAUCACAAAAGGCAACAGAAGCUGCUUCAGUAUUAAAAAAACAAGCUGAUGAAAUUGAAAAGGUUUCACGAAAAGCAACAGAAGCUGCUGCUGAACUCCAAAAACCAGCUGAAGAAACAGGAAAUAUGUCACAGAAAGCAACAGAGGCUACUUUAGAUAUGAAAAAAUCAGCUGAAGAAAUUUGCAGUGCAUCACAAAAAGCAAAUGAGGUAGUUUCAGAGAUUAAAGUACCAGCUGAAGGAAUUAUAAAUGUAUCACAAAAGGCAACAGAAGCUGCUGCAGAAUUGAGAAAAACAUCUGAAGAAAUCGCAAAUGUAUCGCAAAAGGCAACUACAGUAGAAUUAAAAAAACCAGCUGAAGAAAGUGUUAGUGGAUCAAAUAAAGCAACGGAGGCUGCUGCACAAUUUAAAAAACCAGCUGAAGAAAUUGAAGAUGUAUCACAAAAAGCUAGAGAGUCUGAUGCAGAAUUGAAGAAACCAGCUGAGGCAAUAGUAAAUGUAUCACACAAGGCAACAGAUCCCACAGUAGAAUUAAAACAAUCAGCUGAAGGUGUUGGGAGUGUAUCCCAAAGGGAAACAGAGGCUGCUGCACAAUUAAAAAAACCAGCUGAAGAAAAUGAAAAUGUAUCGCAAAAAGCUUCAAAGUUUGAUGCAGAAUUGAAUAAACCAGCUGAGGAAAUUAGAAAUGCAUCAGAAAAGCAAACAGGGGAUGCUACAGAAUUUAAAAAACCAGCUGAAGAAAUUGGAAAUGCAUCACAAAAAGCAACAUAUUCUACUUCAGAUUUGAAAAACCCAGCUGAACAAAUAGGAAAUGUAUUGCAAAACACAAGAGAAGCUGCUUCAGAAUUGAAAAAAGUGAGUGAUGAAAUUGGAAGUGUAUCAACAAAAGAAACAGUGGCUACUGCAGAGUUGAAAAAGCCAGCUGAAGAAGUUGGAAGUUUAUCACGAAAGGCGACAGAGGCUCCUGCAGAACUAAAAAGGCCACCUGAAGAAAUUGGAAAUGUAUCACAAAACGCAAAUGAGGCUCCCGUACAGUUGAAAAAUCCAUCUGAAGAAAUUGGAAGUGUACCACAAAGAGCAAGGGAUGCUCCUGCAGAAGUGAAAAAACCAGCCGAAGAAAUAGGAAAUGUAUCACAAAAAGCAUCACAGACUGCUGCAGAAUCUUUAAAACAAGGUGAAAAAACUAAAAAUUUAUCAGGAAAAGCAAUAGAGGCUACUGCAGAGUUGAAAAAACCAACAGAAGAAAUGGGAAAUGUUUCACAAAAAGUAAGAGAGGGUCCUGCAGAGUUGGAAAAACCGAUUGAAAAAAUUGGGAGUGCAUCAGAAAAAGCAACAGAGGCUCAUGCAGAAUUGAAAAAAGCAUCAGAAGAAAUUGAAAGUGGAUCACAAAAAGCAACAGAGCCUGCUGGAGAAUCAAAAAAACCAGCUGAAAAUAUUGAAAAUGUCUGGGGAAAGACAACAGAGGCAACUGCAGGGUUGGAAAAACCAGAAGUUGGAAGUAGUUCAGAAAAAACAACGGAUACUGCUGCAGAAUUGAAAAAACCAAUUGAAGAAAUUGGAAAUGUAUCACAAAAAGCAACGGAGGCUCCUAUAGAAUUGAAAAAACCAUCUGAAGAAAUUGGAAGUGUAUCACCGAAAGUGACAGAGACUCCUGCAGAAUUGAAAAGGCCAGCUGAAGAAAUAGGAAAGGUAUCAGAAAAAGCAAUAGAAGCUGGUGCAGGAUUAAAAAAAACAGAUGAAAAAGUUGAAAACUUGCUAGAAAAAGCAACAAAGACUGCUGCAGAACUGAAAAACCCAACUGCAGAAAUUGGAAGUGUUUCACAAAAAGCAACCAAAGUUUCUGCAGAUGAAAAGAGUGGAAGUAUAUCACAAAAAGCAACAGAGGCUUCUCCAGAAUUGGAAAAAACAACAGAGGCUGCUGUAGAGCUGAAAAAACCAGUUGAAGAAAUCAAAAUUUAACAAAGACUCUAUUGAAGAUACUGAAAAUGUAUCACGAAAAGCAACCAAGGAACAAGAAGAUUCUCCAAAAAAGAGGCUUGAAGUUUUAAAUGAAGUUGGUGAUCAAGUAGUCAGUGCGAGGAAGACUAGAAGCAGUUAGUGUAUAGAAGGAGGUAAAGGUGGACUUCAUAAAGCCAGCUGAUGCCAGAGGCAACUUGGAAGCCAUCAAAGAUGUAGAAUGUGAAUCUAAAACUUCAGUGAAAUAUGAACAGGCUGCUGAUCGGUCAAACUGAACGGUAAAAAUAGUAAAAUCAUCUGUGCAACUGCUGUAGAAGGGUACAGAAUAUGAUGCUUCAACAACUGUUUACCAGAUUCAUUUGGGUUUCCAGAAGAGUAGAGCAGGACUAUUUAAAUGUUUAUAAUCUGUAACAUGUCAAAUUUCUAUUGUCUUUCCCCUUUUCUUGUGAAUUGAAUGUGGAUAUCUACUU